UCUUGCGUGUGGUUCGUCCAACUCCAAGCUAGCGGCGCAAAAGCCAUCGACCCCACACUUAUUUUUCCCUGCAUCGCAAAAUUUAGAAAUUCUUUAUGACCGCCCGCACUGAGGCGUUCUCAAACUCCGACAACCUCAUCGCGGACGUUCACCUCGCGCCGGCAACAAUGUCUUCCGCCAAACGUGUCAAAUUGUCUCACUCCAAGGCUCCAGGGCCUUUCCGGAAGCCCAGCUCUGGGGACCGUGCCGCUGCGAAAGUUCUCACAAAGAAGAUCACCCAAGCUCCCAAAGCUGCUGCGCCAAUCAAGCAAAAAGCCCGUGAGGCUGAAGAAGAUGAUGAUGAUGAUGACAAGGACGACAAGGAUGAAGAGGACGAAGAGCAGAACGACGACAGCAGCGAUGAAGCUAGCGAAAACGACGACUCCACGCCCACAGUAGAGGAGGCGACCAAAGAGGGCCAAACUGAGCUGCCGAGCAAGGAAGAGACGCCAACCAAGUCUUUCCGGGAUCUUGGCAUUGUCGAACCACUUUGCGAGGCAUGCGAGGCUCUCAAAUUCAAGAAGCCUACACCGAUUCAAGAGCAGGCGAUACCCCUGGCACUGCAAGGCCGCGAUGUGAUUGGUAUUGCAGAGACAGGUUCAGGAAAAACGGCCGCCUUUGCGCUUCCUAUCCUCCAGUCCUUACUCGAAAAGCCGCAGCCUCUGUUCGGGCUCGUGCUUGCUCCCACUCGAGAGCUUGCCGCCCAGAUUGGUCAAACAUUCGAAGCCCUUGGUGCCUCGAUCUCGUUGCGGUGCGCCGUCGUGGUCGGUGGUCUCGACAUGGUGUCCCAGUCCACCGCACUGGGAAAGAAGCCUCACAUUGUUGUCGCCACACCUGGACGUCUGCUGGACCAUUUGGAAAAGACCAAGGGCUUCAGCUUGCGGUCUUUGAAGUUUUUGGUCAUGGACGAGGCUGACAGGCUGCUCGACCUGGACUUUGGGCCCAUCCUCGAUAAAAUCCUCAAGUUCCUUCCCAGGGAGCGCCGCACCUUCCUCUUCUCCGCCACCAUGAGCUCCAAGGUUGAGAGCUUGCAGCGAGCCAGUCUGCGCGACCCGCUCAAGGUUAGCGUUAGCUCCAGCCAGGAGAAGACGGUGUCUACCCUUAUCCAGAACCCCCUCUUCAUCCCUCACAAGCACAAGGAUGUCUACCUCAUUUAUCUUGCAAAUGAGUUUGCCGGCAAAACCACCAUCGUCUUCACAAGAACUGUCAACGAGGCCCAGCGUGUUUCUAUCCUGCUGCGCACGCUCUCAUUUGGCGCAAUUCCUUUGCACGGCCAGCUCUCACAAUCAAUGCGUUUGGGCGCUCUGAACAAGUUCAAGGCUAGGUCACGCGAUAUUUUAGUGGCAACCGACGUCGCUGCUCGUGGUCUGGACAUUCCAGAAGUCGAUCUUGUCAUCAAUUUCGAUAUGCCCCAGGACAGCAUGACGUAUAUUCACCGUGUGGGUCGUACCGCACGUGCUGGACGGUCUGGUCGAGCCAUUUCCAUUAUCACUCAGUAUGACCUCGAAUUGUGGUUGAGGAUAGAAAAGGCGGCCCUAAACGGACGCAAGUUGCCGCUUUUCCAACCCGAUAAGGAAGAGGUGAUGGUGUUCAAGGAGCGCGUGGAGGAGGCGCAGCGGCAUGCACGGGAAGAGAUGAAGGCUCUGCACGAAGACAGAGGCAAGAAGGGAGCAGUCCUCAAAGGCCGUAAGCGUGGCUCUGCUACAAAGAGGCGGCACGACGACAUGGAUGCCGAAGAGGGCUAGAUUUGAAUCUGUUUUGGAUCUGGUGCAUCGUUGUCGGGCGUUGAACCCGUGAGAUUAUGAGGAAUGAUUAGAAUACCAUAUCAUGUCAGCCUGUUGGAGUCGGUGGUACCCAAUCUCGCACUUGAGCUCGCCGUUGCCGUUCCAGAUCAUGAUGUAUUAAUAUUGAUCAACCUGACAGGGCAACAAUCAGAUCUCAUUCGCACUGCUGCCUGAAACCUUGCAGUUCAGCUUCAAGGUGUGAGUGGGCUGUAACACGACUGUUUGGCGAAUCAAAGGACCUAAUCGGGAAAUUGUGCUUACCUUGCCCCCCUUUCAAUAUCAAUUCGUCGGACUGCGCAUAGACAGCCUAUGAAAUGCUUCAUUCGGACCAGGGUAUUUUGAUGCUUACUAGAUUGGGAAUUAGGCGGCCAAGGUAGCCCUCCAAGUUUGUACUUUUCAAAUCCUUCCGCGCCUGUUUCUUUCUUAACCUUGGCUCCUUUGGACCUAGAACACGUCCGCGCGAGAUUCUGUUGACUUUUUUUCUCUUGUUACCUUGCUCUUGCCUAGAGUAUAAC